AUGCUUAACGCUAUCAAGAUGGUAUAUACCAUUGCCCGAUACUACAACACGACUGAAAGAUUGACUAAUUUGUUCACCAAGAUGACCAACCAGAUGAUCAUCAACUGCAAGGCCUAUUUAUUGGGCGAUGAGCAUCCGGACAAGCUGUGGGAGACGAAGCCUGUAGUAUUGGUAAAGAAGCUGCGGGCUUGUCUUAAUCUCAACGAGGUAUACCAAGAACAGUAUCAUUUCAAUAGGAAGAAGCUCCUAGCGCUACCGAAGGGAAAGCAGUUUGACUUCUCGGAGACUCAGAUUUUCGGAAGGUUUGACCUGUUCUGCCGCCGCGUGCUCAAGCUAGUGGAUAUGUUCUCGACCGUCCAUCAAUUCGAGUCACUGGCCGCGUGUCGGUUUGACGGUAUGGAACAACUAGUGGUCAGCUCCCGCACCAUUAUGGAGGAGUUCCGGAACAAACGACAUGACCUUCUAGAUUUCCACAAUAACCGGUUCGAUCGCGAUUAUGUCGAAUUCAACGUCCGGAUUGCCGACCUAGAGAGCGCACUACAGCAGUUCAUCAAUCAGAGCUUCGAGAGCAUCACUUCUAUCGAGUCCAGCCUGAACCUGCUGAAGAGCUAUCAAUCGAUUUUGCAGCGUGAGAGCCUCAAGGCCGAUCUCGAGAGCAAGUACACUGUCAUCUUCCACAAUUACGGUGUUGAACUGACACAGAUUCAAGAUUCUUAUGAGAAACUGAAAGCGUCACCGCCGUUAGUGAGAAACUUGCCUCCG